UUAUUCAACCAAAAAAAGCAAUUUUUAUUAUUUUUUAAUUCAGAAAAUCUCUUUAAAUACUGGCCCCGUCCCUUAGCAGUAGCACCUCAUCCUUUAACAACUCUCACCAGUCUCCCUGCGUUUUUUUCAGACCGACACAGAAAUGGGGUUUGCUUCCUACCGCUCCUCAGUUUCCUCUGCCACCAAAUGGCUGGGAUUCGUCACCGCCGUCUGGGUCCAAGCUAUUUCCGGCAACAACUACACUUUCUCCAACUACUCCGCCGCCCUCAAAACCCUCAUGGGCCUCACCCAGCUCGAACUCAACAACCUCUCCGUAGCCAAAGACGUCGGCAAAGCCUUCGGUCUCCUCGCCGGGCUGGCUUCCGAUAAACUGCCGACCUGGGUCAUCCUCCUCAUCGGAUCAGUCGAGGGUCUCGUCGGCUACGGCGCCCAGUGGCUCGUCGUCAGCGAAAGAAUCAAGCCCCUCUCCUACUGGCAGAUGUGUAUAUUUCUCUGCAUGGGCGGCAACAGCACGACGUGGAUGAACACGGCGAUUCUCGUCACAUGCAUCCGAAACUUCCGGCGAAACCGGGGACCCGUUUCGGGGAUUCUGAAGGGCUACGUGGGUCUCAGCACCGCCAUCUUCACCGACCUCUGCGCCGCCCUCUUCAACAACGACCCCGCUAGCUUCCUCUUCAUGCUCUCCGUAACCCCCUUCGCCGUCUGCUUAACCGCCAUGCUCUUCCUCCGCGAGGUCCCCCCUUCUUCCUCCUCCUCCUCCGAAGACAAUCGCGACUCCAGAUAUUUCUGGGUCGUCAACGCCGUCGCCGUCUGCGUCGCACUGUACCUCCUCGCCUAUGACUUCAUCCCAAAUCCAUCGAACCUCUUGUCCCUAAUCUUCUCCGUCAUUUUGUUAAUCCUCCUGGCGUCGCCGCUCGCGAUUCCUGCGUAUGCGUUUUUCACCGCGUGGGCCUCGAAGCCGGACCUGGUCGCGCCCGAGUCGGGUCCAGAUCCGAACACCAGAUCUGACGAGCCACUUUUGAGGCAGACGUCGGCGGACGACACACAGCACAAGCCAGAGGUGGCUGCUGCGGCGGCGGAGGUGGUGGAGGCGAAGAGGAGGCCGGUGCUCGGGGAGGACCACACCAUCUUCGAUGCGAUGGUGGCGUUGGAUUUCUGGAUUUUGUUCGUGUCGUUUUUGUGCGGGGUGGGGACGGGUCUGGCGGUUAUGAACAAUAUGGGGCAGAUUGGAUUGGCGCUCGGAUACGUGGACGUGUCGAUCUUCGUUUCGCUGACGAGCAUUUGGGGUUUUUUCGGGCGGAUCGGUUCGGGUAUGAUUUCGGAGUACUUCAUCAGGAAAGCUGCAAUACCAAGACCUCUAUGGAAUGCUGCUUCUCAGAUUCUAAUGGCCGUUGGCUACAUCCUCAUGGCCAUUGCCAUGCCCGGUUCGCUAUACAUCGGUUCGAUUGUCGUUGGCAUUUGUUAUGGAAUUCGUCUUGCCGUCACAGUACCCACCGCAUCUGAACUAUUUGGUCUCAAGUACUAUGGACUGAUUUACAACAUUCUAAUCCUCAACCUUCCACUAGGCUCCUUCCUAUUCUCCGGCCUGCUUGCCGGACUAUUGUACGACAUGGAGGCUACCACCACUGAAGGAGGUGGCAACACAUGCAUCGGCGCACAUUGUUACCGGCUCGUGUUCGUCAUCAUGGCCAUUGCCUGUGUUAUUGGGUUUGGUUUGGACAUUUUGCUGUCCAUUAGAACCAAGAAUCUCUACACGAGGAUUCAAGCUGGCAAGAAAACAAGGAGAGUGGUUAAUGGCACACAGUAGGGUAAACAAAUGUGGUACUUGGGCACCAAUUAGCUCUUAGUCUACUUGAGUUUAUUUCAAGUUUGAAUCUCCUUCCCAUUAGUUUUAGAAAAUGUUGGACUUGGGAGACCAAGAAUGUGAGGAUUGAUGGGCUUAAUUUUAGCCCAAUGAUAUCCUCCAUUUAGAAUUAGAAAUAAGUUGGAUUUGUGAAUUUUUGAGGCCUGCAUUAUGUUUGAUGGGCUUCCUUGGACUGCGAAAUUUGUAUUGAUUAGUUCUUGUUGGAUUUA